UUCAGCGAGGGGACACGGGUCUGGCGUCGGGAAAUAUGACAGCAGCGGCAGAGGCUUGCUAACGUGAGGGAUAUACUGGUGCUGGACAAAAUGCCUCGCAAGGGGUUCGGGGCGCUGAAGGAACGGGUUUUGCUGCCGGGGAAGGAAGAGGUGAAGAACACCAUCAGCGACUCGCUGGGGAAGCUGCGAAGGAAAAUUGAUGGCACCAAUGUAGAGGAAGAUCACAUUGAAAUGACUGAAGAGGGGAGGCCCGUGCGGUCAAGCACCCAAAAGCCUCCGCUGUUUGACUGCUACUGCUGUGGGCUGCCUAAGCGCUACAUCAUUGCCAUAAUGAGUGGUCUUGGCUUUUGCAUUUCAUUUGGAAUUAGAUGCAACCUGGGUGUUGCCAUUGUGGAAAUGGUGAACAAUAACACAGUUUAUGUUAAUGGAAAACCAGAGCUUCAGAAAGCCCAAUUCAACUGGGAUCCAGAGACGGUGGGACUUAUACAUGGCUCUUUUUUCUGGGGUUACAUUGUGACACAAAUUCCAGGAGGGUUCAUUUCAAACAAAUUAGCUGCUAACAGGGUAUUUGGAGCAGCUAUUUUUCUAACGUCUACGCUGAAUAUGUUCAUCCCUUCUGCAGCGAGAGUACAUUAUGGUUGUGUGAUGUUCGUAAGAAUUCUUCAGGGUCUGGUGGAGGGUGUCACCUACCCAGCCUGCCACGGGAUGUGGAGUAAAUGGGCUCCUCCACUGGAGAGAAGCAGGUUGGCAACCACAUCUUUCUGCGGGUCUUACGCAGGUGCGGUGGUCGCCAUGCCAUUGGCGGGUGUGCUGGUACAGUACAUAGGAUGGUCAUCAGUCUUUUAUAUUUAUGGAAUGUUUGGGAUUGUUUGGUACAUGUUCUGGCUGCUGCAUGCCUAUGAGAGCCCUGCGGCACAUCCAACGAUAACCAGUGAGGAAAGGAUAUAUAUAGAAACAAGUAUAGGAGAAGGAGCCAGCCUAGCUAGUGCAAACAAAUUUAGCACUCCCUGGAAGAGAUUUUUCACUUCAAUGCCAGUUUACGCAAUCAUUGUGGCAAACUUUUGCAGAAGCUGGACCUUCUAUUUGCUCCUUAUAAGUCAGCCUGCUUACUUUGAAGAAGUCUUUGGAUUCGCAAUAAGUAAGGUUGGCCUUUUGUCUGCACUUCCUCACAUGGUCAUGACAAUUAUUGUGCCCAUUGGAGGACAACUAGCUGACUUCUUACGGAGCAGGAAGAUUUUGACCACUACCACUGUAAGGAAGGUCAUGAAUUGUGGAGGCUUUGGGAUGGAAGCAACCUUGCUUUUGGUGGUUGGAUACUCCCAUACAAGAGGUGUGGCUAUUUCCUUUCUGGUGUUAGCAGUGGGAUUCAGUGGCUUUGCAAUUUCAGGAUUCAAUGUGAAUCACUUGGAUAUAGCCCCGCGUUAUGCCAGUAUUCUGAUGGGAAUCUCCAACGGGGUGGGGACGCUGUCGGGGAUGGUGUGCCCGCUCAUCGUUGGUGCAAUGACUAAACAUAAGACUCGUGAAGAAUGGCAAAACGUCUUUCUGAUCGCAGCCCUGGUGCAUUAUAGUGGAGUGAUAUUCUAUGCUAUCUUUGCUUCUGGGGAGAAGCAGGAGUGGGCUGACCCUGAAAACCUCAGUGAAGAGAAAUGUGGAAUAAUUGAUGAAGAUGAACUCGCUGAAGAAACAGAGAUGAACAAUGAAACUUUUGUAAGUCCAAAGAAAAUGUAUGGUGCUACCAGUCAAAACAGUGAAGUACAGCAAAGGGAAUGGAGAAAGAAAACGCAAGUAACUCAAGACUUGGAAGAACAGACUUCUUACCACUAUGAAAAUGGAAAUUUUGAAGAACUGUCAUAAUACUUGAAGUUGUAAGGUUCGUACAGCAGCUACUCCCAGCCUCCUCCUGCCCCAAAUCAGCUGGUACCUAUAUUUAUUUCCUUGUUCAUCCAUGUAACAUCAGGCCAUGUGGCUGGAUAUAAGGAGUAGUGAUUCUCCUCUAACAGUGUGGAGGAGGGCUCUUAACAAUGGAACCAGGAGACGUGACGUUGAAUUCUGGCUCUGCCAUCAGAUCCCCUUCAGAGGACCUGCACCCCUUAGGAGAUGACCAGCCCUGGCAGGGCUCCUUCCUGGUGCCAGCCUACGACUGUAGGAGGUGAAGUGCCGCAGUCUU